AUGGCCAACACUAGCUCGCAUUGUUAUCUGCCUCGGUUUGCGCCCGCAGUCGACGGGCACAAACGCCCGGUGUCGAUGAAGACGAAACCCACGCCCUCGCAACACGCGCAGUUGUUAACCGCGUGGCAAGAAGGACGAUUGGGAUCCGUGAUGCAGGCCACUUGGGCCAUGGUACUGCAAUAUUACAUCCGUUCUGAACACAUCUGCUUUGGAUAUCAGCACAUCGAUGGGGACUCAGUCUCCUCGAGACACCCCAUGCCGCGGCCGGCAACCACAAAUUUGGACACUUUCAAAAUGUCCAUUCAGGAGGAUGACUCCAUCCGCACCAUUUUGGACAAGGCGCAAGCUCAGAGCGAUGAAAUUUCGCAGCAAAGGGAGACUGGCAAUGGCCAGGAAGCCUCAGAGGGGGGCAUUCUACCCUUCAAUACCAUCUUGAUGCUUCGGACGUACCGCAAAGCGAACGAUAUGGCGUCUUCGCCCAUCUCUCAACAACCAAUUCUAGCAACAGCUCUUCCAGACCAGUGCCUAGUUCGCCUUCAUGUGAAAGUAUUGCGCCGAGAUAUCAGCAUAUUCCUCGAGUGGAGAAACGGAGAUAUGUCUGGGGAGCAGAUGACGAGCGUUGCUCAGGCAUUUGAGCAAAUCCUGACACUGGUUCUUUCUGCUGAGGACAUCGCUAUUAGCAAGCUUAAUUUGUUCUCGGAGAAUGACAUGAAGCGAAUCCGUCAAUGGAACUCUGAAACACCGAAACUUCACGAUCGCACGAUUCAUGACGCAAUACACGAUCAGGUCCUGAGUGGACCCAGUCGUGAAGCAGUGAGCGCGUGGGAUGGUAGUUUGACCUUUGGAGAGCUUGACUCGCUGGCUACAAAACUGGCAUAUCAUCUCCGCAUGCAGGGCGUUGGGCCUGAAGCGCGAGUAGCACUCUGCUUCGAUAAAUCGAAAUGGAAUAUUGUUGCAAUGCUUGGCGUCAUGAAAGCGGGAGGCGCCUUCGUCCCGCUCGACCCGAUCCACCCAACCUCUCGGUUGCAACAUUUGAUCGAGUCCGUAAAGGCCGAAAUCGUCCUAUGUUCACCUUCACGCGCCGAAUCCCUGCGCGAUGCCGGAGACACAAUCAUUUCCUUGUGUGCGGACACCCUUGAUGAGCUGCCGGAGCCUGCCGUGGACGUUGACCUUGCGUCGGGGGUUACGAGUCAAAAUGCGGCCUACGUGCUCUUCACAUCGGGGUCCACGGGAGAGCCCAAGGGUACCUUGUUGGAGCACCGCGCCUUUUUAUCGAGCGCGAUGGCGCAUGGCCCCAGACUGCACAUCUACCGCGAGACGAGAGCCCUUCAAUUUGCUGCACACACAUUUGACGCGAGCUUGGCCGAAUCACUCACGCCUCUUAUCCAUGGGGCUUGUGUGUGUAUUCCGAGUGAAGAGCAGCGUCUUAAUGACAUUGUAGGUUUUAUCAACGAGCACCGUGUAGAUCAUGCAUGCUUCACCCCGUCAUUCAUCGGCUUCAUCGAAAUUGAAACCGUGCCCGGUCUCAAGAGUCUCGUUUUGGCUGGCGAGGCAAUGUCGCAAUCCCAGCUGGCGACGUGGUCGAGAAUUCAAUUGAUCAAUGGCUAUGGCCCAACCGAGGCCAGUGUCGCAUCCGUUCUGAAUUCAAGUGUCUCACCCACCACCGAUUGCAAAGAUAUCGGUCUGCCUGUCGGGGUUCGCGCAUGGCUGGUAGAUCCGGAGAACCAUAACCAGUUGGUCCCAGUGGGUUGCCCUGGAGAACUUCUACUUGAAGGCCCUACCCUCGCCCGCUGUUACGUGAACAACCCAGAGAAAACCAAUGACUCCUUCAUUUAUGACCCUACCUGGGUAAACCUUGACCCUGCGGGAGGUUCUCAUCGGCGAUUCUACAAGACGGGAGAUCUGGUCAGGUACAACUCUGACACGGGAGCUUUGAAUUACAUCGGUCGCAAAGAUACGCAAGUGAAAGUUCACGGCCAACGAAUCGAACUCGGGGAAAUCGAGAACCAGCUCAACAAAGACAACAUUGUUUCGCAUUGCUGUGUUCUGUUUCCCAAAACGGGGUUUUCCAAGGGCAGACUCGCAGCAGUGAUUGCCUGUGCAGGCUUGUCCGCUGAACGGUCGGAAACAGAUUUGGAACCUUUGCGACUACUCUCAGUAGCUGAGAAAGCGAGGAUAAUCCCGGGAAUACGCGAGAGGCUAUCCACACGCCUGCCAACAUACAUGGUCCCGCCUAUUUGGCUCUGUGUCGAAGCCAUGCCCCUUCUACCAUCUGGGAAACUCGAUCGAAAGGGCAUCGCAGGAUGGGUGACCAACUUGGAGCAGGACCCAGAUGUUGUUGCCGCCAGUUCUGUACCGGAAGCUUUGCGGCCACAGACGCACCCCACAAAUGAAAAGGAGGAAGCUCUAGUCGCCAUUUUUAGUCGCGUGUUGAAUUUACCUCAGACUCAUGUGAACUUGGACGAAAGUUUCCUCUCCAUGGGCGGAGAUUCUAUCGCUGCGAUGACCUGUAUCGGUAUGUGCAAGAAGAAUGGACUUUCAUUGUCUGUCCAGGACGUGCUUCGCAGUAAAUCUGUUCGAGAGAUGGCUUCGCGGGCUCGAGCCAUUGACCAUACUGCGGUAUAUGACGAGGCCGUCGAUGUGCCAUUCAACUUGUCACCCAUUCAGGCUCUUCAUUACGGAGUCCGCGAAGAAGGACAAGGUCACUUCAAUCAGGGAAUCUUCACCCGCUUGAAUAAGCCUCUUAGUGCGAAAGAACUCCGCCAGGCAAUUGAGUCCCUCGUGUCCCACCACUCGAUGCUGCGCGCUCGUUUUGAGGACUCCGGAUUCGGUACGGCUUCGAAGCAGCGCAUUACUGAAGACGUGAAAGGCUCCUACCGACUGCGAACAACGAGCGUUACAACUAUUGAGGAAACAAAGCCGUUCGUCGCUGGCAGUCAAACAUGCAUCAACGCCUUUACCGGUCCUCUUCUCGCAGCUGACUACUUCGUGGUAGGCAAGGACUCACCUAUCCACGUUCUCUCCAUGACUGCGCACCACCUGGUUGUCGACAUCGUUUCCUGGAGAAUCAUCCUCGAAGACUUGGAAGACCUCUUGCUGAACCCAGGAAAGGAUCUGAGUGUCAAUGCUUCUCUCCCAUUCCAGAACUGGUGCAAGAUGCAAGAGCAGCAUUGCCAUGCUCUUGUAGAAGAAGGAAAGGCAGCCACUGACCCUCUUCCAGAGAUUGACUUCGGCUACUGGGGGCUGACAAAUAAACAAACAAAGUACGGCGAUGUCGAUUGUGCAUCAUUUGAGAUUGAUAGCCAGCUAUCUCGCAAAAUCAUGAUGGAAUGCCACGACACUCUAAGCACUGAGCCUAUUGAUGUCUUUCUGGCUGCUAUGCUCCACUCAUUUGGGAGAUCCUUUACGGACCGUCCCCUGCCAACAAUCUACAAUGAGGGUCACGGGCGCGAAGUCUGGGAUUCAUCCAUUGAUAUUUCCCAUACUGUGGGCUGGUUCACCAUACUUCAACCAGUCUUCGUGGCCAAUCACAGGUCCAGUGGUGCCAUUGACACUCUUGUCCAGGUCAAAGACCUUCGUCGUCGUGUUUCCGACAAUGGUCGCGCGGACUUUGCUAUCAGGGCUUUGCAGUUGGGAGACAAAGGCGGUUCUGAGCACCCCCACCCGUUUGAGAUGUCCUUCAAUUACGUUGGUCAGCAUCGCGAUCUUCAGCGAACAGAUGGACUCUUCCAGCUCGUGGACCAGAUGGCCGGUGAAGCCGGCCGUGGAAGUGACGCAGCUGAUUUUGGCAAGGACACCCCUCGCUUCGGGCUAUUCGAGAUAUCCGCGAUGGUUGUCAGUGGCAGAAUUCGUUUCACGUUCUCGUUUAAUAGGUUCAUGCGUCAUCAGGACCGCAUUCGUGACUGGGUCUCAAAUUGCCGGCAGGAGUUGAUAUCGCUGGCAGAUCAAUUGACGAUACUUCCACCUCGCCCGACAUUGAGUACAUAUCCUAUGUUGUCCUUGACAUAUGACAAUCUCGACAAAAUGCUUUCGCAAAAACUACCCGCGAUUGGUGUGUCAUCUGCGGACAUGAUUGAAGACAUCUAUCCUUGUUCUCGAAUGCAACAAGGCAUUCUUCUCGGCCAGUCUCGCGACACUUCCUUUUACGCUGUCCACGACACGUUUGAGAUUUGCGGUACCGGUUCGACGAGGCCCAAUGUGGAUCGGUUGAUCGACGCGUGGGGUCGAGUGGUCGCUCACCAUGGCAUGUUUCGAACAAUAUUCGUCGAGGGUUUAACCCCACGUGAACCCUUGUGCCAGGUGGUGCUGAAGGAGUACAACUUAGUGCCUACCAUGUUGUUUUCCACUGCAGAAAAUGAUGUCUUGGAAACAUUUGACGCGCAAUCCCCGAAGGACUACAGAGACAAAACUCCUGCCUACAGAUUCACAAUUUGUGAGACACCUGGUCAGAGGCUCUUCUGCCGGAUCGAGCUGAGCCAUGCUGCUAUGGAUGGAAAUUCCAUUUCAAUUCUCAUGCGUGACCUUCAACUCGCUUAUGCUGGCAGGCUCGAGGAGAGCCGUCGGCCAUUGUUCAAAGACUACAUCUCUUAUCUGCGGGAUGCUCCACACAAACCAAGUCUCCAGUACUGGCGCUCGUACUUGUCCGGUGCUCGACCAUGCAUGUUCCCGAGCCUGACCGAUGGAAAGAAAUCCACCGAAAAGAGCCUACACUCUGUUCCGGUCAAUUUCGAGGCUCUCAGUCAGCUGCAAAAGACCUGUGAGCAACAAGGCAUCACAUUAUCGAAUGUUUUCAACGCUGCAUGGGGCCUUACUCUUCGCCUUUUUAGCGGCUCCGAUGACGUUUGUUUCAGCUACAUGGCCUCUCUCCGUGAUGUUCCCGUUGAUGGUGUGCAAUGGGUGAUUGGGCCUGUCAUUAAUCUCAUGAUUUGUCGCAUGAAGAUUACUCCCAGUUCACGGCUCAUCGAUGUGCUUGAGCAAAUUCAAAAUGACUAUGUGGAGAGUCUGCCGUAUCGGCAUAGCUCUCUUAUUGAUAUACAGCAUGCGCUCGCAUUAUCUGAUGCCUCCCUUUUCAAUUCUGGUGUCUCAUAUCGCCGACUUCCUAACACAAGGGAUGUUUUGAGCACAGAUAUUGAGUGUGUCGAAGUUGGUUCUAUCCACGAUCCUGCCGAAUUCCCGGUGUUCGUGAACAUUGAGGCCACGGACACGCAAGCGAAGAUUGACCUCAAUUACUGGACCACUCAUUUGUCUGAUGUGCAGGCAACAAACGUUGCCAACACUUAUGUUCGCUGUCUCGAAAUGAUCAUGACCGAAAGCAACACAAGCGUGAGUCAACUUGACUGUGUGAGCGCUCUGAACAAAGCGCAGAUUCGAAAGUGGAACACCAAAAUGUCACCAAAAUCCGUUGACCAGUGCGCUUAUGAAGUCAUUCAAAAGAUGGCCAGAUCUCAGCCCAACUCCUUGGCAGUCGCGGGAUGGGAUGGGGAUCUUACUUUCUCCAAACUCGAUCAGUUCUCGUCGAGACUUGCCAGCUACUUGGUCACUUUCGGUGUUGGUCCUGGUAGUUUGAUUCCUAUCUGUUUUGAUAAGUCUGUUUGGAACGUUGUUUCUAUGCUUGCCGUCAUGAAGGCCGGAGGUGGUUGUAUCCCCAUUGAUGGUACCGCAACCGUUGGUCUCAUCGAACAAUGGGUUCUUGAUCAUUCUGUUCAAGUCGCACUGGCUUCGCCCGAAAAGUCACACAUCCUCGAUGAAGUCAUCCCAUACGUGGUUCCCGUUAGCGAAUCAUUGUUGGAGUACCUUAACGACGAGCCCCUUCCAUUGACAGCCGCUUAUUCCGACCCGGCUUAUGUCGCAUUCACUUCUGGAACCUCGUGUCGUGCUCGUGGCGUUGUGCUCGAGCACAGAGAGAUUAUGACCCGCGCGGAAGCGUUCGCGUCUUCUCUCGGCCUCUCUGAUUCCUCCCGAACUUUGCAAUUUGCAGCCCACACCUCAGACCUCUUCUUGCUCGAAGUCUUUGGAACGUUCAGCUGUGGAGGUUGUCUAUGCAUUCCAGCUGAUAUUGAGCAAAGUAAUCUUGCUGCGUCUAUUAGUGUCCUCGAUGCCACUGUCGUAUGUAUGACUCCCACUAUUGCAAGGCUUCUCAAUCCGAGGGAUAUCUCCAGCCUCAACACUUUGGCUUUUGUGGGAGAAGUUUCUUCCCAAAGUUUGCUUCAAAUGUGGGCUUCCAAUCACAUUGAAAGACACAUCUUUUUCGGAAACACAGAAGCAUCAUCAGCCUCAUUCCACUGCAGGGUCAGCGACGAGACGGUGGAGGGCUGUCUCGGAUUUGUUGUAUCUGGUGUACCAUGGGUGGUUGACCCAACCAACCACAAUGCCCUGGUACCAAUUGGAGCUGUUGGUGAACUCGCUGUCGAGGGCCCUAUUGUUGCGCGCCGGUACCUGACGGGUGCGCAAGAAAAUGAAAGUGAAUUCUUCGAGAACCCAGCUUGGGCAUCGACAUUCCACAAUCCUCAGUACCGCAAAUUCCACAAGACUGGCGACCUUGUGCGAUACAAUGCGGACGGGUCUCUCCUCUUCUUGGGACGCAAGACAGCCUCCAGCAAGACCUCAGACUUUCUGGAUGUGUCUCAGUUCAUUGAGAAAUUCUUUGAUAUGAAGCGAAUUUCAGUGGUUGACCGAGUCGCUGUGGGCGAGGAAAGCCAACCUGUCGCCGUUGCCUUCAUCAGUCCAUUACAGUCCUCAGUUGACUCUACAAGUGUCGCCCUCAUUGCCGAGUCUACGCCUGACAUGAAAUCAAUGGCUAUGUCUUUGCAUUCCCAGCUGGCCAGUCAUUACCCAACUAACAAGGUUCCGAGUUUUUACGUUCAUGUCUCUUCAAUUCCUUUGACACCCUUUGGCAAGCUAAACCACCAGGUAUUGAGAAGCCAACUGCAGACUCUCGAUGGUUCGCACUGGCAGUCUUUCAAUAUCAAGAAUUUGGCAAAAAAUUCUUCUGUUGAUACACCAUCCACCAGCCAUGAGAGCUGGGAUAGUCGGAUCAAGUUCUGGAAGGAGUACCUGGAUGGUCUCGAACCAUGCAACUUCCCGUCUCUUUCACAUGAAGCUGGCUCUCAAGAGACAUUUACGUCAACACUCAAGAUCUCCGCGCCAAAACUUCAUGCUUUCAGCAAAGUUCCUGGUUUGUCAGUGAGGAUAAUCCUCCAAACCGCUUGGGCUAUUGUGCUCAGAUGCUAUACUGGCUCUGAUGAUGUCUGUUUUGGCAUCUCAAACGACGGCGACAACAUCUCCACCUCAGUUUGCCGGUAUCAGUUGAAUGACGGCCUUACUUUAAGUCAACUGUUCCAAACCUGCCAGGCUGAACUUGACAAGGCAUCUGAAAACCACGCGAGCAUCUCCGAGCUGCAAAAUGAGCUCGGCUUCAACGAUAUCGCUUUUUUCAACUCACACUUGGCCUACCACACAACCUCGGCUGUGUCUUCGGACAAAAUCACCUCGUCUGAUUUGGCCGACGCAUGCAAAAUUAUAGUGACAGCUGUAGUUUGUGAGGACACUGCCAACGUUCACUUCAGCUUCUCCUGCAGCAUCAUUACCCCCUCUCAAGCAUCCUACGUUGUUGAUACUUUUGAUCAUAUUCUCGACGAAAUAACAUGCAAUUGGUCGGAGCAGCAGACGCUGAGCAACUUGGACCUGCUUCCUGAACGAUCAAUUCGACAAAUCCGUGACUGGAACUCGUUCCAGCCCCCAAGAGUUGAAAAAUGUGCAGAUGACUUGAUCAAACAACAAGCUCUCCUGCAUCCCAGGGCGGAGGCUAUCUGCUCUUGGGAUAAAAACUUCACAUUUGGCCAACUUGAAAUUGUUGCUGGUCGCCUUGGCCGUUACCUCACAAAUUUGAGAGUGAAGCCCGAGGUAUUUGUUGUGCUUUGCUUCGAGAAGUCAGCAUGGGCAGUUGUCGCCCAAGUGGCCGUUCUUAAAGCUGGUGGUGCAUUUGUCUCCAUUGACCCAACUCAUCCCGAAGCACGGAUGAAGACUCUCAUUGAUGAAAUUGGUGCCGAUAUUGUGCUCUGCUCCCCCUCCCUUCAACCAAAACUUUCUAAGCUAUGCAAGAAAGCAUUUGCUGUCUCGCAAAAGUCAAUCUCCCAGCUUCCUGAGUCGCCGCUGGCGCUUACGCCAGUCCGACCUUCGCCUCACAACGCGGCAUAUGCGAUUUUCACCUCCGGAACUACUGGAAAGCCAAAGGCAACUGUGGUCGAGCAUAUCGGUUUGAGUACAACAGCCAUGGCGAUGAUGAAUGCGCUUCACAUGGACUCUCAGACACGCGCUUUGCAAUUCUCGAAUUACACUUUCGACGUCAGCGUGAUGGAGAUUCUAAUGGUACUGAUGACAGGUGGCUGUGUUUGCGUGCCGAGUGAAGAGGAGCGAAUGAACAAUCUCGUUGGCGCCGUUCACCGCAUGAAUGUAAACUAUCUGGCUACGCCUCCUGCCAUCAUGAACACGCUUGACCCGAAGAGUGUGCCUAAGUUGAAGACAAUCAUCACUGGAGGUGAAAAGAUGCCUUCGUACCACAUCGACCGCUGGCAUGACCGGUUCGUCGUCAAUGCUUACGGACCGUCUGAAGCUGCUGUUUGUGCCACCACGGGUGUGAAAGUUGACUGGGAAGGAAAUCGAGUCAACGACGAUCCAACUUCUAUCGGCGUCGCAGUCAAUUGCCGAAUCUGGAUUGUGGAUCCUAACAACUACAAUCGCCUACUCCCUGUUGGUGCUGUUGGCGAGAUGCUGCUUGAGGGCAGCACCAUUUCACGUGGCUAUCUGGGAAAUCCCGAGAAGACUAAAGCAGUUUUCGUUGAAGACCCGGAAUGGAGUCGACGAGAUGACCUGGCCGACCUGUUUAAGCGUAAAUACCGCAUGUAUCGCACUGGUGACUUGGCACGAUACAACCCUGAUGGUUCUUUCUCUUUCAUCUCGCGAAAGGAUACACAAAUCAAAUUCAACGGCCAACGGAUCGAACUGGAAGAAAUUGAGCAGCAAUGCGUAUCUUGCCUUCCUGAAGGGGCCCAAGUCGCAGUGGACGUUGUGGUACCCCAAGAGCGAAGCGUGGCUAAGAGUCUCGCUGCCUUCUUCACAGUCUACGAUCAUGAUUCUUUCCAAGGUGGCAGCAGCAAUGAAUUUGCGCCCACUAUUCAGGGUGCCGAUCCUCUGUUACUUCCAAUUUCCAUCUCCAACAUGGACACGAUUCAAAAACUCAAAAGCUCUCUGCCCGAUCUUCUACCUCAAAGCAUCAUGCCCAGAUUGUUCUUCCCAUUGCGGAAUCUGCCUUUCACGUCCUCUGCCAAAAUAGACCGUCGUCGCCUGCGGGCCAUGGUCCAGACGUUGCCGGCGGAUAUUUUGAAAUCAUAUGUUACAUUUAAAACCACUUCUGGCGACGAGGUUUUGUGUUCGAAUGGCGUCGAUGUCAAACUUCGUGAACUUUGGGAAAGAACCCUUGAUCUCAAACCCGGUUCUGUCAGUAACGAUGAUAGCUUCUUCGCUCUUGGUGGCGACUCUUUCACUGCGAUGAACCUUGUUGGAGCUGCUCAGGCUGAAGGAAUUUCACUCACGGUCGCAACUAUCUUCAAAAAUCCUGUCUUGGGUGCAAUGGCACAGGCCUGCUCUGUUACUGCCGACAUGGGGUCAUCUGGGCCUUUAUCAGUGAAGCCUUUCUCUCUUGUUCCGUCAUCCGCCAACCUGGAAAGCCUACUUGACGAGAUAUCCGAUGCAUGUGGGUUGCAAAGAGAUGCAAUUGAGGACGUUUACCCAUGCAGCGCUGUUCAGGAGGGUCUCUUGACUAUGUCAAUCAAACAGCAGGGCGCUUACGUUGCACAGCCAGCUUUUCGCUUGGCGCAAGGUGCUGAUCUCGCACGAUUCAAGCACGCGUGGGAACAAACCGUGGAUGACUUGGAAAUCUUGAGGACCCGAAUUCUCCACACAGAGGCAAUGAAAUUCACGCAGGUAGUGGUGAAGCACGCGCCAAUCGACUGGAUUUAUGCUUCUUCAUUUGAGGAAUUACCGCAUGACUGCAUCAAUCUUCCCAAACAUGAAGGUGCUCCUUUAACUGGAUACGCGAUUGUUCAGCCACCUCAGUCUUCACCUUGCUACUUCGUUUGGUUUGUUCAUCAUUCUCUCUAUGAUGGCUCAAGCAUUCCUCUAGUCUAUCGGAGAUUCGAAGAGAAUUACAAGAUGCUUCAGACAAAGGCUCCCGCUGCUUCUUACAACCUUUUCAUCGACUACUUAGUCCAUAAGGACAUGGAUGAGUCUGAUAAAUUUUGGAAGGAGUACCUUGCUGGAAUUUCCGCCACUCCUUUCCCUCAAACUAAGAAUCCGAUGCCCGAUGCUCUUCGCGCUGGAAACACUCAGCAUCACACCAUUGAGAUUUCUCGACCCUCGGACUCCGUCGAGUUCACAGUUCCAGUUCUCCUUCGUGCCGCAUGGGCCCUUGUGCUCUCAACUCACUCUGGUACAGGGGACAUUUGCUUUGGCGAGACUUUGUCGGGUCGUAAUAUCGACCUACCUGGUGUUGGUGACAUCGCAGGGCCGGUCCUGUCGACAGUCCCGACACGCAUUUUGGUGAACCAAGAUAUGCCUAUUGCCGAAUUCCUCAAUCACAUCAAUCAAUCCACAAGCGACAUGAUACCUCAUCUUCAUUCUGGCCUUCAACGCAUUCGCGCUAUCAAUCAGGAUACAUCCGCAGCCUGCGGAUUCCAAAAUUUGUUGGUCAUUCAGUCUGCACAUGGCCAGCUGGAUAGCAACAUUUGGGUUGAUGAGGAAGUCAAGACUUCUGAAGACUUUUUCACUCACCCCCUUGUCAUUGAGUGUGGUAUCUCGAAGAGCCAUGUCAACUUCACUGUCCAUCACGAUGAACUCGUCAUCAAUGGCUGGCAAAGCAAACACUUGGCUGAGCAGUUUGGCCACGUCCUACGCCAACUCAUCUCAACCCCCAAGACUAGCUCGGACAAGCUUAAGUCAAUCGAAAUGAUCAGUCCCGAGGAGAAACAGGAAGUCGCACGAUGGAACCAGCGGGACAUACCCUCUGUUGAUCGCUGUGUCCAUGACUACAUCGAAGAGAUGAGCUUGCAAACACCCAACGCCCCGGCAGUCUGCGCCUGGGAUCAAGAGUUGACCUACAAGGAAUUCUGGGAGGCCGCUUCCUCAUUCGCCAACUAUCUUGUAUCUCGUGGUGUAGGCCUGGAAGUAUUUGUCCCUGUUUGCCUUGACAAGUCUGCUUGGGCGAUGGUUACACUCAUCAGCAUCUUGAUCGCCGGUGGUGGCUACGUUCCUCUGGACCCUCAUCACCCAGUCUCUCGGCAUGAAGAGAUCUUGAAGGAUGUUGGUGCGACUAUGAUUCUUUGCACACCCUCCUAUAGCAACCGAUACCGCCAAAUUGUCAAGACUGUGAUUCCUGUCAGCAAAGACACGUUGAGAGCCUAUGGAUCCUUGAACACUUCGAACUCAAUCCGCAGAAAGGUCACCCACGCAAACAUGGCCUACACUCUGUUCACCUCUGGAUCCACCGGACGAGCGAAGGGUAUUGUUGUCGAGCAUCGCAAUGCGGUUAGCAGUAUCAUGGCGUUUGGCCCGAUGACUCUAAUGGGACCGCAAUCCAGGGUCUUCCAGUUUGCCUCGCUGACUUUUGAUGCCGCAAUCAUGGAAACUCUGGCCGUCCUCAUGCUUGGCGGGUGCAUUUGUGUUCCAAACGAGGAUGAGCGGUUGAACGACGUCGCCGGUGCUAUCCGCCGUCUCAACGUCACAUGGACCUUCCUCACUCCUUCAAUUGCAAGCAUCAUCGAGCCGUCUUCGGUUCCCUCCUUGAAGAUCCUUGUCGUGGGCGGUGAAAAAAUGUCUCAGGAGGUCAUCACAAAAUGGGCCAACUUGGUGCACCUCAUGAACGGCUAUGGGCCCACAGAAACGGUCGUUUUCGCUGUGGUUGACACCGCAGUCGCAUCUAGUCGUGACCCUGCACGAAUUGGUUAUGGUAUUCCCUGCACAUUGACCUGGAUUGUUGAUGCGGAAGACCACAAUCGCCUUGCGCCACUGGGUGCGGUUGGUGAACUUGCACUUGAGGGUCCUGCUCUGGCACGGGAGUAUCUCAAAAACCCUGAGAAAAAUGCCGAGGCCUUCAUCAUCGACCCUGCGUGGGUAGAAGACUUCCCCACAUCCAGUGCCUCCUCCCGUCGGAUCUACAAGACCGGCGAUCUUUGCUACUACAACCCUGAUGGAUCUAUCGAGUAUAUUAGCCGUAAGGACCAUCAAAUCAAACUUCACGGUCAGCGAAUGGAGCUUGGGGAAAUCGAGCACCGACUUUCUGAGCAUGCUGCAGUGCGUCAUGCAGUGGUUAUUCUGCCCAAAGUCGGUCCCCUGAAGCAACGUCUCGUUGCCGUAUUGUCCGUCUCCGCCAGUGCUACCGACAACAAAUUGAUCUCAGACAAGGCAUGUGAGCUUGUGGAGAUGGGCGAGAUGCAAAAUGGAGGCCUGGACAAACUCGUCAACAUUCAAAAAACUCUCGAAUCUCAGCUUCCGGUCUACAUGGUACCUCAAACAUGGGCUCUGGUCAAGAAGCUUCCGAUGCUUGUUUCAGGGAAACUUGAUCGAAAGAAAAUAGCUGCUUGGCUUGAAAGCAUUGACGACGACUCCUACGAGCGUAUCAUGCAAGACUUCGACAAUAUGAAGCGAGGCGUGGUCCAGAACUCCGGACCCACACAGGAGAAGGAGGGACCUGUGAAGAUUCUUCGUGAGAUCGUUUCGCAAGUGCUCAAUAUGUCCUUGCAAAAGGUUAACUUGGAGCGCUCAUUUGUGAGCCUAGGUGGUGAUAGCAUCACUGGGAUGGCUGUGAUUUCGAAAGCAAGAAGGCAAGGCCUAGUUGUGACAUUGAAUGAUAUUCUUCAAUCCAAGUCUGUCAAGGAGCUGGCUCAGGCUGCUCAAGCAAGAACACCUGCUUCGACUCGGCAGCAAGAAAAGACAGGCGAAGGGUUCGAAUUGUCACCUAUUCAAAGGCUGUACACCGGAUCCUCAAACUUCUUCAAAGGCGAAGCUCGAUUCAACCAGAGCAUUACAGUCCGUAUCGCUAGGAGAGUGGAAGGCGAGGUGCUUCGUCGCGCCAUCAACGCCGUGACGAGCCACCAUGCCAUGUUGCAUGCUCGUAUUUACAAGCAUGAAGGCAAUUGGCAACAGAAGAUUGUUGCAGAUGUGGAUGAUUCCUACCGGUUCCGUGUCCACUCCGUUAAUGACACGCGGGCAAUGAUCCCAAAGAUCGCCGACAGUCAGAAUUGCCUCGACCCAUUCAAUGGUCCGAUCUUUGCGGCCGACUUAUUCAAUUUGGAGACUGGAGGCCAAGUGCUUUUCCUUGUCGCUCACCACAUGAACAUUGACAUGGUGUCAUGGCGAAUCAUUCUCCAAGAUCUGGAGGAGUUCAUUGUUUCCGGAUCACUCUCGGAUGAGAAGGCUUUAUCCUUCCAAACUUGGUGUGCUCUGCAAGCUGAUCGUGCGAAGACUCACGAUGCGGAUCUUUCUCUUCCGUUUUCAACGAAAUCAGCAGACCUGGGAUACUGGGGGAUGGCAGGUGUUGCCAACCAGUACGGUGAUCUACAGAUGGAUUCAUUCACAUUGAAUGAAGAAACGACCAGGAUUCUCCUCGACGAUUGUCACCAAGCAUUUGGCACUGAUACUGUCGACAUCCUGCUAACGGCUAUCAUCCGCUCGUUCAAGCGAGUCUUCACAGACCGUGAUGUCCCUACCAUCUACAACGAAGGACACGGUCGGGAAUCGUGGGAUGCAAGCAUCGACCUCUCAAGGACAGUCGGGUGGUUCACGACAAUGACUCCACUGGUUAUCGCUGAGAAAGAAGGGGACCUUGUCGACAUCGUCAAGCGUGUCAAAGAUACCCGUCGACGGAUUGUUGAUAACGGAAGACCAUACUUUGCUAGAAGUCUUCUGCAAUGCGGUCAAAGCUCUUCUGAGGAUUUCGAGGUCCCCAUGGAGAUACUUUUUAAUUAUCUGGGAAAGCUCCAGCAGCUCGAGCGUGCAGACUCUCUUUUCCGCCAUCAUGGUGAGACCAUCGUCAAAAGCUCUGAUUUCGGUACUGCCGGCGAUAUGGGACCUGAAACUACCCGAUUUGCGCUCUUCGAGCUCUCUGCUAUUGUUGUCAAAGACUGCUUGAAUGUUUCUUUUGCCUACAGCCGAAAAAUGUCUCACAAGCUGAGCAUCCAGAACUGGAUUCGUCAGUGCAAGCAAACACUCGAGGUUGAGGUAUCUAUCCUCAAAAAUACCCCCCCGGAGCCCACGCUUUCCGAUUACCCUUUGCUUCCCGUCGAUUACAGUAACCUACGGACAUUGUCCACGCUCACUUUCAGAAAGCUUGGCAUUCGGAGCAAAGACGAGGUCGAAGACAUAUACCCCUGCUCUCCGAUGCAAGAAGGAUUGCUAUUGAGCCAGCUUCGUGACCCAAGUGCAUACAUGUUCCACACUAUCUUUGAGAUCAAAGAUGCCCGAUCUGGAAAAGUGGAUCAUGAGCGCCUAGCCAACUCAUGGCAACUUUUGGUGGAUCGUCAUCCAGUCUUGCGCACAGUCUUCAUUGACAGCACCUACAGUGGGGGUUCCUUUGAUCAACUCGUUCUGCACGAUAUUUCAGACAAUGUCCUUCGUGUUGAGUGUCUGGACUCGCAGGCUGAGCAGAAACUCAAAUCAAUUUCGCUGCGUGACCUCAAUGCUAUGAGACCUGCGAAACUGUCGCAUCAGUUUACUGUUUGCAGAACCUCCGCUGGGCGUGUUGUGGUUAAAAUUGAGAUCAAUCAUGCCAUCAUUGACGGAGGUGGAGUCGACGUUCUCCUUCGUGAUUUGGCUCUCGCUUAUGAUGGCCGACUUCCCGAAGGUUCUGGUCCGAAGUUCAGUGACUACAUUCAGUUUAUCAGGUCUCAAAGCCAGCAGUCUGCGCUCGCUCACUGGAAAGCCUAUUUGACUGGGGUUCAUCCUUGUCAUGUUAAGUUUGCAACAUCCCUGCGUCAAAAGAGGCAGCUCAAGGGCGUUCUGAUGGAGUUCUCGCGUUAUCCAGAGCUCCUCAAAUUCUGCGAGCAGACUUCGGUCACCCUUGCCAAUCUGACCUUGUCAGCUUGGGCAAUCGUUUUGCGGGAUCUCACGAGAAGCGACGAUGUUUGCUUCGGAUACUUGUCCGCUGGUCGAGAUGCCCCCGUGAAUGGCAUACAGGACAUGGUUGGCAUCUUCAUCAACAUGCUUUGCUGCAGAGUAAAUUUCUCUGGUCACCAGACUCUAUCAGAUAUAUCAAAAAAGGUCAAUGGUGACUACAUCCGCAGCAUUCCGCACCAAAGCUGUUCGCUCGCCAGCAUCCAACAUGAACUGGGCCGCCAAGGGCAGUCCCUCUUUAACACGACACUCUCUAUUCAGAAUCACGGAGUGGGAACAAAUUCAAAGGAAAAGGGAUUGACUUUCCAUUUGCAACAUGCACACGAUCCCAGUGAAUAUGCUGUCACGGUGAACGUCGAUAUCUCCCGUGGCUCUGAAGGAAUCAUGCUUCGCUAUUGGAAUGAUUUGGUCAGCGACGACCAAGCCCAGUGUAUGGUGGAUAGUAUUGCCAAGGUUUUCGACGGAUUCAUUGACUCGCCAUCCGCGACUAUCUCAUCACUAAGACUUGAAGCAAGUAUGGUCGAGGACCAUGCCUCUGACUGGGCUGUGUCCCAGUCAACUCUCAAUGAGAAAUCCCGUAUGGGGACCGACAUAUUUGACGACGCCGCCAUUCAGAAGCUCGUUGACAGUCGUGUUCAUGAGAUCAUUGGACAGAUGGUACGGGAAGGAAAGUUGAUGGUGCCACAUUCGCAGCAACAAAUCUCGGCACCUGUGGACGAUGUUGAAGACGAGACUGAAUCCUCGUACAAGUUGGAUAGGAUGCGUGGAACAGCUGAUGACUCCGGUGUCUGUUCCGCAUCAUCGCGCUCUAGUGAGGAUGGAUUGGGUAUUCACCUUGAGAGGAAACUGUGGACUCUUUGGAGCACUGCUCUCGGAAUCUCUCCAAACGUUGUGCGACAUCAGGACAGCUUUUUCAAGCUCGGUGGUGACAGCAUAACCGCCAUGAAGAUGGUCAGCGCCGCCCGUGAAGAAGGACUGAUUCUGACGGUUGCGGACGUAUUCAACAACCCCGUCUUUGAGGACAUGCUUGCGACAGUGCGUGCAGCCAGUGCUACGCAACGCAUAUUGGAUGUGGACCUCAAGCCUGUCUCAAAGGAUGUCGAAUCCUUCAACGACAGCAAGCCAACGACGCUGGCGCCAUCUCCUUCAUCUGACAGUAUCUCUGUCCUCAGGUCCAUCAAGACCGUGGAUGACCUUUCAGUGCAAAACGGUAUCUGUCCAAAGAUUGGUGUCUUCAAGGGCGGCAUUGCGGACGUUCUCCCAGUGACUGACUUCCAAGCCAUGUCUCUCACGGCAACACUCUUCAAAUCCCGAUGGAUGUUAAAUUACUUCUUCUUGGAAGGCAAUGGGCCAUUGGACCUUCGGCGCCUCAGGGAAAGCUGCUUGAAAGUUGUUGAUGCCUUUGAUAUUCUCAGGACUGUCUUCGUCUGCUUCCACGAUCAAUUCUACCAGGUUGUGCUUCGCAAGAUACGACCUAGUAUCUUUGUGUACGAGACAGAUCGCGGGAUGGACGAGUUUACGAUGAGCUUGCAGCAGCGCGAUCGAGAGUACGGACCUCGUGAGGGAGAACAGUAUGUUCAGUUCUAUGUGGUCAAGAAGAAGAGCAGUGAUGAACAUCGUAUCAUGAUCCGUCUCUCCCACACUCAGUACGACGGGGUUUGUCUUUCAAAGAUCAUGUCCGCGAUCAAGUUGGGCUACGAAGGCAGCCCUCUACCACCUGUCACUCCUUUCGCCAGCUAUCUUCGCCAACUUCCUGGAACAAUCGGACCGGAUCAUUACAAUCACUGGGCCAACUUACUGAAGGAUUCACAGAUGACUCAAGUCGUCCGCCGGAAGGGAACUACCAUGUUCCAAAACAUUGGCGCCUUUGCAGAAAUCCGCAAAAACAUCGAAAUUCCCCCCUUGGCCCUUGGAAACAUUACGAUCGCGACGGUUAUGCAAGCUGCAUGGGCCAUCACACUGGCAAAACUUUCAGCUCAAUCUGAUGUCGUGUUUGGCUUGACAAUCAGUGGUCGGAACGCGACCGUACCAGGGAUUGAAAGCACUGUUGGUCCCUGUGUCAACGUUAUACCUGUUCGCGUCAAGUUCGAUGAGAAGUGGACUGGUCUUGAACUUUUCCGCUAUCUCCAGAAUCAACAAAUCUCGAACAUGCCAUAUGAAUCGCUUGGCUUCCGUGAAAUCAUCAAGCAGUGCACCGACUGGCCUGCGUGGACCUAUUUCACAACUUCAGUCUUCCAUCAAAACGUCGACUACGAAGGCUCGCUUGAACUCGACAACAUUAAGUAUCGCAUGGGCGGCGCGGGUGUCAAUGAUAACUUCGCCGAUCUCACUCUUGUGUCCCGUCCCGCUGAUGAUAAAAGCUUGAGUGUCACCCUUGGCUACUCAGAGAAAGGCCCAAUUGUUCCUGCCUUUGCAUCAAAGGUCCUGGAUAUGGUCUGCGAAAUCGUGCAGUCCUUGAUCGCGAACCCCUCUACCGCCUUACCCUCGCCAAGCAUGCUACGCACCUUGCCACCGCAAGUGGUCGAUGACCUCCCAUGGUCGACAGAUGAGCAUUUCCUCAGCUCCCAUCUCAAGACCCGAUCUAUUGCUGAGCUCCUUGUUCACUCUGACGUACUGUCUCGCUCUUGGAGCCAGGUUUUGCCCAACCGCGCCUCGAAUCACCCUGACGGUGCCCUCGCAGAAGAUGAAAGACUAGGCCAGCCUUCUUUCCAGCUCGACUCGUCAUUCUUCGAUCUUGGCGGUGAUAUCUUCAACAUGGCACAGGUCACUUGGCUUCUAGAGCAAGAAGGUCUCAAAGUUUGUCUCGAGGACCUUCUCGAACACCCAUCCUUCCUGGGUCAAAUGGCUGUCUUGGCUUUGCAUAACAACAAGUACAAGGAACAGCCCUCGUCAGCACUUGCAACUGGGGCUAUCGCAGCUGAUCCUGUUGCCAUAAACCGCGUGGAAAAGAAAAAGACAUGGGAGAAGGCCGUGACCAUUGCUCGCAAACUAGCGCGACGAAGCACAGUGAUCCCAAGCAAUGCCUAG